AUGCCAGAGCAACAGAAGCGGGGUGCCUUCAUCGUCUUCGAGGGUCUCGACAGGUCCGGAAAAAGCACGCAGGCUGCGAUGCUUGUCGAUCGCCUCAAGCAGGAGCGCGCCGACGUCAAGCUCAUCAAAUUCCCUGACCGCACGACGCCAGUCGGGAAGAUGAUCGACUCUUACCUGCGCUCUCAGUCUGAACUCGACGACCGUGCGAUCCACCUCCUCUUCUCCGCAAACCGCUGGGAGCUCGCAAGCCACUCUUCGUGCGGGCACGACCAUCGUUGCGACCGCUACGCCUUCUCCGGGAUCGCCUUUUCGUUCUGCAAGCCGUCCAACUUGUCAUAUGAAUGGUGCCGCGCACCCGACAUUGGCCUCCCCGCGCCGGACCUCACCCUCUUCCUGGACGUCGGGCCCGACACCGUCAAAUCGCGCGGUGGCUUCGGCGAGGAGCGCUACGAGACGGAGGAGGUGCAGCAGAAGGUGAAGGAUGUGUUUGAGCGGAUCGGGGAGGAGAUGGGCAUGGGGCUGCUCACGGAGGGUGGUUGGGUCGUCGUUGAGGGCGACUUCGAGAAGGAGAAGGUUGCGGAGGUCAUCUGGGAUUGGGUCAAGCCUCUCAGCGGCGGCGUGUCAAGACCGCUCCGAACGCUCUGGGACGAGAAGGAAAACAAGGAGCGGAACGACCAGCUGUAUAUCUGAGGGGGCGUCAGCGAGGGACAUCAGUGGCAUGGGGAUAUAGGAAGUAAUACACAAAUGUACAACGAGCAAUCACAGUAUACAUAGCAUCGGAAGCGAGAGCAUGCAUUGCUAUCGCCUGUACCCUCGUCUCCCAUCCUUCGGUUUCAUCGCUCGCU